AUGUUGCUCUUGUGGGAGUUUCUGAUCAACCACAAUGGGUAUAGGUGGGAACACCUGUUCGACCCCAGCUCUCUCGUGCGGGAACCUCUGUUCGACCGCUCUCUCGUGCGGGAAACUCUGUUCGAUCUUGUGCGGGAACCUCUGUUCGACCGCUUUGUUUGUGCGCGGGAACCUCUGUUUGACCGCGUCGUCUUUUUGUGGGAGCCACUGUUCGUCCACAUUGUUUUCCUCGCAGCAAAGCGAGGAGACAUCGUUACUCGUGCGUAG